AUGACGUCCGACAGAGAUCCGACCCACUCUCUCGUCUCUUCUACCCGAGCAUCUCAGGAAUUUGCGCCCAAAAGACCUGGAGCAAAAAUAUGUCCAACUCCGUAGAACCUGCGGCUAUCACCGCAAGCGCCGAAGAAAUACAGCGCAAAUUCGACCUAGGGAUAUGGUACACGCUCUUCAACUGGCCCGACCUGACCGUCGCAAUACAGAACCAAUGGGGUGGCCCCAAUAGCGCAGACAAGCGCGACUGGCUCGCCGGCGCGAUAUCCGAGAUCUUUGCGGAGAACCCGGAGACGGACACCGAGGACAUUGAAGUCGUGCUGCUCCAGGCUAUGGAAGAUGAGUUUGGGGUGCGGAUAGAGGAUGAGACGGAGGUGCCUGUGGCGCGGGAUAUCCUGAAGAUACGGCAGGAGACGCUAAGGGGAGAGUUUGAGACUGUGGAUGCGCUGCAGAAGAGGUGGGAGGAAAGGCAGGGGAGGGAAGUUGCGACUGGGGGUGUGAAUGUGGUGGAAAGGGAGCAAGAGGGGGACUGGGAUAGUGUCGAUGAGGAGUCUGACGAGGAUGAAGAGAUGGAGGAUGCGCCGCCGCUGGUUCCUGCGCAGCCCAAGGAGAAACCGGAACGACAGAUCGACGAGGAUGGCUUCGAGAAAGUGGUGCGGAAGGGGAGGAGGUGA